CCGCUCACAUCGAACCUCCGCGUCUCCCCUUGCGCUACAAAUUUCCUUUAUUUCCAUCCACUCAACCACCUAAUGAAUUAAUCUCCUCCCGUCAAUCCCCAACCCUCGACAUCUCGACUCCCGCCUCAGUGAACAGACUAUGGAUUACAGUUUACAUCGCCCGUGAGUUCGCCAAUGUCAACAGUUGUGUCGCCGGUCUGAAACCCCCGAAAAAAAAAAUAGUGUCGCGUGAAUUAUGGUCAGUGAUGUGUGGUGUGUCAGCGUGCAACUGAAAGUGCUUGAAGACUACCUGGACUCCUGAUACCCUCGACUCAAUCCAAUCUACUAUCACCCCGACACCCCAGCGCAGUUCGCCGAUCACAAUGGCUGCGGAAGCUGCUAACAAAAAGGCUGAACGCGAGGCACUUCGUGGGGUUAUUCAACAAUGGAACGCCAAUCGUCUGGAUCUCUUCGAGCUGUCGGAACCGAACGAAGACUUGGAAUUCCAUGGAGUCAUGAGAUUCUACUUCCAAGAUAGCGGUCAGAAAGUAGCAACAAAAUGUAUUCGUGUGGCCUCAGACGCAACGAGUCAGGCUGUGAUCGAAACCCUUAUCGAAAAAUUCCGUCCUGAUAUGCGCAUGCUAUCCGUUCCCGAAUAUGCACUUUACGAGAUCCAUGAGAAUGGAGAGGAGAGAAAGCUGGGGCUUGAGGAGAAGCCACUGCUCGUUCAGCUCAAUUGGCACAUUGACGAUCGUGAGGGGCGAUUUCUUCUCCGUCGAAUUGACGAUAAAACUAAUGCUCAGGGGGUGGGUUUCGGUGAGGGCACGAGUUUCAGGCGAAAAUUGAGUAAGCGAGAGAAAAAGCAAAUGAAGAAGCAGGAGAAGUUGAGCCGCCUGAAGAGUGCUGAACAGGAUGAGAGCACGGUGCCAGUGGAUCAGAACGGUGUUGCCGAAAAACUUUAUACUGAAUUACCUGAAACGAGUUUCACCCGAAGUAUUUCAAAUCCGGAAGCUGUGAUGCGUCGCCGUAGACAGCAGAAACUCGAGAAAAAACUACAGCAAUUCCGUAGUAAAGACGGUGGUCCCGAUACUGGGGGAACAUUAAAAAUUUAUGGCGAAGCCCUCUGCAAAGAUGUGCCUUACAAGACCCUUUUGUUGAGUGUCAGAGACUCGGCGGCUCAGGUAGUCAGAGAGAUGCUGUCUAAAUACGGGCUUGACAAGGUUGAUCCACAGCAGUAUUGUCUGGUGCAGGUCAAUGGUGAAGCCACCAGCGGCAAUGCUCAUCAAGAAUACAUCCUCGAUGACGACGAAUGCCCGCUGGCGAUACUGAUGAACCAUCCCUCAACACGCGGCUCCAUAAUGUUCCACGUGAGGAGAAGACCAGCGGACUACGUACCAAGAAAAAGGAAGAAGAAACCAGCCGGCAAAUGGAGUGAAUUUGAUCACAGGUACGAGGACGAGAGAUUGCCAUUUCUCCUGGAGCUCAACCCCGAUGGCACUGAGAUUCCCGGUGGAGCUGGGGUUAAGCAUCGCCUCCAGCCCAAUGUCACUGAAGUUGGAUCAGAGAGGCCUAUAGGUCCUCAAGCUGUCCAGGCCCAGACGCUGACCCUUACUGGGCCCACUGUCAUGCCCAGGCACUGCGUCAUCGCCUUCACCGAGAACAUUGUUACCCUCACGCCAUGCUCCAGGGAUGCACACACUUAUGUUAACAAUCAGAGGAUACAUCAGACCACUAUUCUACAGAAUGGUGCCAUCAUCAAAUUCGGCCGAAUGCACACCUUUCGGUUCAUUGAUCCAACCCCAGAGGAUCGAAUUAGGCAGCGCCAGGAGCCCAGUAGGCAAAUGGAUUACGUCUACGACAGACGCUCACCAGACAUGAACAGCCAGGACGUGAAUUCUGAGAAAUAUAGAUCGGGCUCAGGGACACCGAACGAUGGUCCAGAUUCAAAUCCACCGAGCCCGACAAAAUCAGCAGCUGCUAAUCCCCGGAGUCCCACAAAUGCACAUCCCAUUGAGAAUACACACAAUUACGAAACGACAUUCGAUUUAGAUGGAAAUGUUGAGACUGCCAGUUUGACCAGCAGUCGAGACAGCAACAGAUUAUCCCAACAAUACGAUCGUCAACCCCGCGGAACCGACCCAAUUCUCCCAGCAGUUCUAGAAUUCCUCGAAGAAACCGAAGAGGCAUUCCUCCACGCGGUUAUAACCGACGUCGAGCCAUCGGCCCCGCAAUUCAAAUUAGCCCCGACCUAUACUCUGUACCUAGCCGCCCGCUACCGAGCAAGUACCCACUACAGGCCGGAGCUCCAGCCAACCGAGAGGGCGCACAGAUUAACAGUAAUGCUGGCAAACGUUGCCACAAUGAUCCAACGAGUGAUCCAAGAGCGUUACAUGGACGCCUCGUCCUUGGCCCUCUGGUUGGCCAACGGUUCCGAGCUACUCCACAUGUUGAAGAGUGACCGACACGUCGGUGCCUUCUCCACACGCGCCCAAGACAUCUUGGCUGACGCUGUCCAGACAGCGUUCGCUUCAUUAGUAAGAUGUGUAUCCCUUGAAUUGGCCCCGGCAAUGUCACAAUUCAUGGCUGAUGCUGACGAGCCGGCGAAGGAAGCCGGUGUUUUGCAAAUAUUUUCAAACACAAUGGCCCUACUUCGACGGUGCCGUGUUAAUGCCGCUUUGACUAUUCAACUGUUCAGCCAUUUGUUCCACACGAUAAACGCCACGGCUUUCAAUGCUUUAGUUUCAAACGGCAAUCUGUGCGUUCGUUGGUUCGGUAGGCGUUUGAAGACCCGGUUAAAUGCCCUGGAAACGUGGGCCGAGAGGCAAGGUCUUGAGCUUGCCAGUCAAUGUCAUCUUGCCACGAUAAUGCAAGCAACCCAUCUGCUUCAAGCGCCCAAGUACAAUGCCGAGGAGUUGGCGACAUUGAGCUCGACAUGUUUCAAGCUCAAUUCGCUCCAAGUGAGGGCGCUUUUGCAGAAGUAUCAGCCGGCUGCUGACGAGCCUCGAUUGCCGCCGGAGUUGAUUGAAAAUGUCGUGAGGAUCGCUGAGAGUGUGGCUGAUGCAUUGGCCAGGGCUGAUGGCAGGGAGAUCAGGCUUGAGGAGGAUCCAACCCUUGCUUUGGCUCUACUUCUACCUGAGGAUGGCUACAGUUGCGAGGUUAUAAGGGGUGUGCCACCUGGCUUGGCUGAAUUUCUCGCUCCACUUCAGAGGGAUGGCCUUUGCAGAAUGGCACCGCAACCCACUAGCAGUGGAUACUGGACCAUUUACAUGAUUGAUCAUCAUAAUAAUUUCAGAAGCCCAAGUGCUAUGAGCAAUCGAUCUGGGGGGUAUUCUGGGGGACAUGGGGGUAAUCACAGUCAGCCGGAAAUUCAGAUUAUCAAGCUACACAAGUCGACUAAUGGUAUGGGGCUGAGCAUCGUUGCCGCCAAGGGUGCCGGGCAGGAUCGUCUGGGCAUUUAUAUCAAGAGUGUAGUAGCCGGAGGAGCUGCUGACGCCGACGGCCGAUUGACAGCCGGUGAUCAACUACUCAAGGUUGAUGGCCAGAGUCUAGUAGGAAUUACUCAAGAAAAAGCUGCUGAAUAUUUAGUGCGAACGGGACCAAUUGUAACACUUGAAGUGGCUAAACAGGGUGCAAUAUAUCAUGGACUUGCUACAUUACUGUCACAGCCAUCUCCUGUAAUGACUCGAGCGCAUAAGGCUCGUCCAAAGUCUGAACAGUUAGAACAUCCACGCUUGGGGGAUACGGCCCAACCAUCGACAUCCUACUCAGUGGGUAACCUCUUAUCCACCCCAAUGCUAACCGAUCACUAUCAAGAGCGUCUGGUGGAUUGGGACACAGGGCCCGAGCGGCCCCAGCCAGGUGCGAAUAAUAUAUGUAAAAAUCCAAAACAAUCGACUAACCUCAAAUCCCCCACCCACUCUGGUCUAGGUAUACCCAACAAGACUCUUAACCGUCAAAAUAUUCACAAUUCGUGUCUUAACAUAUAUCCAAUCGACGAAUCCCCGAUUGACGAGGAGUACGUAUGGCCGAAAAAUCAAAAAUGGACCAAUAAACGACCAAUUCCUAUAAUACAAGAGCCCCAAAUGUUCCUAACUAUUCCGAGCCACCUCGAGCGAUAUCCGCGGUAUCCACCGCCACCAGAACCAAGUGUACCUAGUAACACCCCGAUACAGGGGGACAUGUCGAGGUGCGGGUAUUACAGCGAAGAUAAGACUGAUCUGACAUUUCCAACCAUGAGUUUUGAAUGCAAUGACGAGGCACACGAUUGCCAGACAUUUUUGGGUAUCACAGAGUCAAUUCCCUUCAUAGAUCAGUUCGAUGACACGUGUGAGGGGGCUAAUGACGAAAAUAAGCCUGAAGACGAGGCGAAGAGUGACGAGACCAAUUGCCCCAUUCACAAAGACAGACAAAAUGUGCCAUCCCCUCACUGCUGUUGUCACGCUCACAUUGCCCACUGUCAAAUGCACAAGUUGUGCGACGAGAAAUCGCCGAAAACCAGUCUAAAUCCGGCGGAAUUACAGUAUCAGGAGGUGGAGACCUCCGAGGCGGAGGAUAUAUCCUCGAAAAAAGAUGACAAACAUUCCGAGAAUAGCACAUCACCACCGAAAAUGCACACAAUAAUGCCGGAAUUAAAUUUAGAUCUCACUGGUUUAAAUAGCGACGUCUCCAGCGAUGAAUCGGCAACUGAAAAAUGCUGGAAAUCCCCGGAGGAAAUACGCCUGGGUUGUGGUAGAGUUGCUGCACUAGCUAAACACUUCUCCCAACUCGGGGAAGCUGGUUUGAUUAAAUUCAAAUCCGUAAAACUUGGUUCAUCAAGGCAGUUUGUGUCUGAGCCGGAUAUGGCGUCACCACGGGACUUUGGUUGUGCCAGGAGACCGAGGGAUAUGAGUAAAUCAGAGACCGACUUGUUGAAAGCUGACAAGAGUGUGGCUACAACACCCGAGAGGGAGUGGAGUAUGAUUCUAUUGGACAUACAGACGAAAAAUGAGAUCGAUGAAGGGCAGACCAGAAAUACUCAGAAGAUAAUGUCAACGAGUCAAGAAUUGAGGAGGAGCGAGUCGAAGCUGUCGAUGGCAGAGCAGCAGGAGAUCAUAAAACAGCUGCAGGAAUUCUGUAAUCUUGAUAAUGUCGAUGCACCCCUGUACAUUCCCAAUUGUGAUAACGAGAGGAUCAAUUCAAUGUCAUCAUCGUUAACGGUGGAAGGCCAUUGGAGCAACUCCAACGAAGGAAUUGACCGGUCUAAGCUAUCUUUCACGGAUCUCUCAGAAGGUCAGAGCACUGUCAUAAGGGGGAGCAUGAGCCUUGAUAAUCUGAAAGGAGGGGCUUCCCCUACCGUCAUGAGCACGGUCAGCAUUCAUCCAGACACAAAAAUCAACAAAUUGGAGAAAUACUGGUCUCUCAAAGAUCUGAUACCGACUGAAGAACGAAAGUGUUCAAAGGUGACAUCUGAGCCGGUAAUAUUUCAUGAAGACAGAAAUUUUUUGCGGGUUAAAUCGAUGAAUGCGAACAAAUUGGGGAGGGAGAAUGUCACGAUAGAAAGUAGAAUAUCCAUUAGUGAAGAUGAUAGAGAUAAAGUUGUCAAUAUUGGGGGGACGAGGGAGUGCGCCUCGAGUCCCGUGAAUUUUUCAUCGGGUGUUGAAGGACUUCCUACGAAAACUAAAUUUCCGAAUUCCUUCAUAAAGACGAAAUUCAAGUCUAAAAGUGAGGAUAAACUCGCGAAUGAGAAGUCCGAAAAAAUCGAGACGAGUCAAUCGCUAGACAACCUAGAAGAGUCUUCUGGAAUGACAAAGAGUCAAGCGGUCUUGAACGACGAAUUCAGGAGGAAGUUGUCGAGGGCCUCUAUGGAGACCGUCCAGCGAUCGAAAAGACUGUCAUCUUCCUCCGAAACAGUAAUUCCCAUACGAAGUAAGGACUCUAAGAUCGCAAAACCGAUAAAGAAAAAGUCUCUGAUGGUCUUGAGAAAGAAAUCCAAAAGCGAUCUGGAUAUUUCCGAGCGCAAACCCACCCCGAGGUUCGAGCGGGGCGAUUGGAUAUUCCGUGAGUUUCCGUCGUUGGAAAUCGAUAACGAUCCCCGACCACGUCGCAUGAGCGAACGCGAUCUGCCAUCACGAAUUGGACAUGAAACGACGCACCAUCAAAUUCACAGCAGUAAAUCAGUACCAGCACUUCACAACGUAGGAACAAUCGAGGGUAAGCAGCAGCACGAAGUCUUCAAUCCAGGCUACAGCCGUGCAUCAUCAAGUAACAGUGUAACCCCCCCAGUCCAGCCGCCCCCAAUGCCCGCUAUGAACGGCGCAACUUCCCUCCGAUCACGGUCAAGCCACAAUCUGCAUGAUCCGAUGAGAGCAGGAACCCUGCCCCCCUCGGGAUUAGUAAGUAGACAGCAAUCCUCGCCGAAUCUCCAUCCGACACAUCCGGCAAAUGUGGGAAGUCUUCAGAGCAACGAGGCAGAGCGAUUCUAUCAGAACCUUAGCGUCUACAGACAUCAGGAUCCCAAUGUCAAGCAGCAGCCGAGUCCGCCGCAGCCGUUGGACGAGAGGACGGGUCUGCAUGGUCAGAAGAGUUUGCGGGGUUCCCAGAACUCCCUGAACCGACCGGGAACGGAAGUCAAUCACCAGACGCUGUCCAGGGACAGACCGAUUUCCGCUUACAUUCCUCAGGGACAACAGCCUUACGCCGGCCAGAUGCAGCAUCCCAUGCAGCAGCCGAGGUCGCAGUCGUCUAGGGACAUAAUCCGACAGGAGGCCAAGCUCCAGGAGAUGCAGGAGGAAGUCAGGAGGAGAGAGCUGAGGGGUGGCAAUCCACAGCUGACUAAUCAGUACCGACCAAAUGCUUACAGCUCUAGACCAAUUACAUCAGCUCAAGCUGGCAACGCCAUCAGACCGGCUAGGCCACCGGUGGGAUCGACUCCCAAUCUUGCCACCAACUCGCCGACAUUCAAUUAUUAUGGACAGUUCAAUAAUAAGCAGAUGCAGAAUCAGUACGCGGUUGUUCCGAAGAAGGUAGAUCUUACGAGGGUGGGACUGGUUAAUGCGGCUGAGCACAACAGGGGCCAUGGGAAUGAUCAGGGACACUUGGCUGAGCAGAACCGGGUGUACAUGGGGGGGCAGUAUUCUAAUGGACAGUAUUCCGGCGAGGGGGUCAGGGGACAAAAUGGCGGGGAGGGGCAUGCCGACGAGGUGUCACCACCUGUGAGACCUGCCCUGCCGGAGGACAGCGGGUACAGGGAGAGCCCACCACCACCACCCCUGAAUACUUCUACGCAUCCCUUGUAUACGAAGCAAACUGAUUCUGGGUACACUGCAAGUAUGCAGGAUCCCCCAAGAGGCAGUUACUACCCCGCAACAACAACAACAACAACCCAGCAGCCGCGUCAGUACCAGUACAACGCGACGAACCCCUGGCAGCGAGAGGAGCGUGAAAAAGAGCAGGCGCGUCGUCGCGAGGCCGCCAAGCUCUGGCGGGACCAGCAGAUCGCGGAAUUAUCCGCAUUAAUGAGCAGAACGCCCCAACAAGAGGAGCAGCUGCGGGCGCUGCAACUGGAGCGUGAUUUCCAGAAGCGUGCGGAGGAGGUUGCCAAUCAGCAGGACGACGACGACGAGAGCACGGAGAUUGAUAAUGAAAGUGCCCAGAGGGUGCAGGGACUCCUGAGAAUGGCAGCCACGCACGACCGAAACAAUCAGACGAAUUUAUUAGUAUUAAGAACAAGCACUAGUAAUCAGUCGAUGAGAGGGCAGCCCCUGUCACCGCAGCCUGUGGGGAGUCAACUGCAAUCAACAAGUGUCUCGUUGCAUACGGCCACCAGUCAGGGCCAGCAGGGGGGCGUCUAUGGGGGGAACGAGGUUAAUUCGAUGAGCAUCGGCUCUUCGAUGGCCUCGAGCUACACCUCCGGCCAAUUUCCCGGGAAACAAUUGCCGACUGGAUACAGCGAAGAUCGUGAGCGCCAGAGGAGGAUCGAGGAGCUCAAGAGGAAGCAGAACGAAUUCGACGAGAACCAGAGGAAGAGGGAGGAGGAACUCCGAAUGCAGCAAGUGUAUAACAAGAAUCAGCUCCACCCAGGAAUGCUCAGGCUCGACAACCUUGUGAUCAACGGACCUAGCUCACCCCCUGGUGAGGCACCACCGCCACCUGAGAGGGGCUCCAGCUAUGCGGUUAUGUCGCAGCAGAGUGCCAUGAGGUCCAACACCUCGAGUGCUUCUAAUGCUCCUAUUGGACAGCAUGUUGCCACCACAAAGAGGGUGUCCUUCCACGAUCCCAAUGCCAAUGUUGAGACGAGGAGCACUGGGGUCUCCAGCAAUCCUUCGUCCAUGAGUGGUAUGGAUACUAUUCGGGAGGAUCCUAACAACUUUAUAAAUGACGCGGAGAUACUGCUGGCAUCUCCAAAGACUCCGGAAGGCCCUGGUGGACUCUUUUCCACUGCAACACCAGGGGUUAUAGGAGCACAGGAAGUUUACAAAGAUCCCAGACAAAAACGAUUGGCUGAAAAGCAAAAACAGCAGUUAAAUGCCCUAGGAGAAGUCCCCGAAAAGUUGAGUUUCAAAGAAAAGAUGAAGAUGUUUGCAAUGGAGACGGGUGAGGAUGGCACCCCCAGGGACAAAGUGAAAAUAUCCCGGGCCCAAAGGGAAAUCGACAAUAUCGGAAAUCCACUGAGUCCAACAAACAACAAUAACAAUAACACUAAUACUAGAAGUUAGAGGAAUGAAAAAAAAAAGAAAUGUAAAUACCUUCAAUUAGGGAGAAUGCAGUAUUUUCUUUUUGUUUAUUUUCUGUUAUUCGAUAAAAAAUCCAGAGUCUAAACAAUUUUUCUUUUGUCUGGAUAAUCUUACGAACUCUGUUGACGUUUAGAAUCGUCUAUAUCAACUGUAAAUCGAUUUUAGUGACGUAUUGACUCACGAGUUCACCAGAUUUUUUGUGAAUAAUCAAAUUGCAUCAAAUUUUUUUUAGUUAUUAUUUCAGAACAUUUUUUUUACGAAAAAUAUUAUUAGAAUCAACUAAUCAAAUUAAAUUCGUCAAUCUAACUUGACGAAUUCGUUGAAAUAUAUUUAUUAUGAAUCAAACAUAAUAUUUAUAUUUAAUAUACACUCAGAUCUAUUGAAAAUACACUCGAAAGAACGAAAGAAAAGAACUAAUUGUGCUAGAAAUUAUAAAAUUCUCGAGAAUCAACAUUUUAAAAAUUAAUAAGAGAUUAACAAAUUUAUUAAUAACUCGAUAAAUCGACAUUCCUUGCAAUGAAAAAAAAACAGAAUAUCUCACCUCAUAUUUUCAAAAACCUUUUAAAUAUUAUCCUCAAUAUGUAUGUGAUAUAAGAAUAGGAUUUUGUUUAUGAAGACGAGAUUAAUGACGAAAAUUUUCACAAAUUGUUUGAUUUUCAUCGAUAGGAUAUAGAAUUGGUCCUAGAUAUAACGUCAAUUAUCUACAAAUAUACAACAUUCAUUUACUUUUUUUAAUUAUUAUUUAUUGCUACAUUUUCUCUUAAGUUUAACAGCACCGAAUAGUGAUACGUUGAGCAGCUUGUUAUCAUACUUUUUAUAUUAUAAUUGCGAUAAUGUGGCUAGCUGAAAUGGUCUCACGUGGACAGCCAUAAGACAGAGAGAUACAAAUCUUUUAAUGAACAGAUAUUAAUCUAUCGUAGACAUUAACAAUAAUGAAAAUUGUAGCCUUACCGAUGUUAUAGAGAGAUUAUUUUAUCUCGUAAAUAAGUGGACUUUGACGAUUUAAAACUCCAACUUCAGGCAUGAUUUUUAUAAGACGAGAGAUGAAACAAAUGUGGUUACAUAGAGAUGAAUUCCCUCCUUAUUAUGUAUAGCGUAUUUACUCAUUGCACUAUAUUUUGUAUUACUGUUUUUCAUUAUGAGGAUUUAUCCAGGGAGAUGAGGGGUGAAUUGCGGGGGGGAGGAAUUUAGGACAAUGGAAAGACGCGUUUGCAAAGCAACUAUAUCAAUAUUAGUACACAGUAUAUUUGAUCAUUAAUGAAUUUUCGAAUAUGUUGGUAGAUAAAUAGUCUUUAGAAAUUGCUAUAUUUUUCAAUUAUAACGUUGUGUAAUUAUUUUGUAAAAGAUUAUAAUAUUGGAAGAUGAACAAAAUAAAAUUCUUGAGUAUUCAUGAA